GCCCAGCAGGCUGCUAUCUUAACUGAGGAGCAGUGUGUCCAGCGAGGGAGCCCAGCUCUCUCUCUUCAUCCAUCACCUGGCUGGAGUCAGCAAUCAGAAGCAGAGGAACGAAUGGGCAGAGCAGAACUUCAAGGAGGGAACAUGAGUACCCGGGCUCCCUCAGGGCUGUGGAGCUCAUCGGAUGAAGGUGCAGACCUGCUCCAGGACUUGGGGUGGUAUCACGGCAGCCUCACGCGCCACGCUGCAGAGGCGCUUCUGCUCUCCAAUGGACGUGACGGGAGCUACCUGCUGAGGGACAGCAAUGAGCACACUGGGCUCUACUCUCUCUCCGUGAGAGCCAAAGACUCAGUGAAACACUUUCAUGUUGAAUAUACCGGGUACUCAUUUAAAUUUGGUUUUAAUGAAUAUUCAUCUUUAAAGGAUUUUGUCAAGCAUUUUGCAAAUCAGCCUUUGAUUGGAAGCGAGACAGGGACUCUGAUUGUUUUGAAACACCCUUACCCAAGAGAAGUGGAAGAACCUUCCAUCUAUGAAUCGGUCCGGGUUCACACAGCAAUGCAGACAGGAAGAACAGAGAGUGACCUCAUGCCCACUGCACCUUCUCUGGGCACCAAAGAAGGCUAUCUCACCAAGCAGGGCGGCCUGGUAAAGACCUGGAAAACAAGAUGGUUCACUUUGCAAAGGAAUGAAUUGAAGUAUUUCAAAGACCAGAUGUCACCAGAACCAAUUCGGAUCCUAGACCUAACAGAGUGCUCAGCUGUUCAAUUUGAUUAUUCACAGGAAAGAGUAAACUGUUUCUGCUUAGUGUUUCCAUUCAGGACAUUUUAUCUCUGUGCAAAGACAGGCGUUGAAGCUGAUGAAUGGAUCAAAAUACUGCGAUGGAAGUUGUCAAAAAUAAGGAAACAGCUGGAUCAAGGCGAAGACACCAUCCGAACCCGGUCUUUCAUCUUCAAAUAGAACUUAGAAGCGCCUUGGCUGAGGGGCAAGGCGGAAGGUUCCAGGUGCUCUCAUCUGUGGCAGGCUUCAGAGCAAAAGCUCACAGAAGGACUUCCUCUAAAAACAAAUCAAAAUAGAUUGUGGUUGGGAGCUGUAUGCCUUUUACUGAGUCACGGAAAACAGCUGGCAGGACCUGGCCAUCUGAGAACAUUGAAGCAGCACCCUGCUGAUGGAAACUGCCUGACUUCCGCUUCCAGGUGGAGCCAGUCUCUGCACACAGAGCAAGAGUUUGCUUGCUGUCCCAGUGGCUUAGGCUUGUUGACUUCAGUUGCCUGGAGCCCUGCCCCAAGUCAUGAUCAGCACAACUGAAAACUUCAGGCCCUGCUACUAAACUGCAAGCAAACAGCAGUGCGGUAGGGGGCUCAGGCUGCUCUUUUAGAAAGCAAAUUAAGAUAAUAAACAGCAAGGACUUUCAAAGAAGGGCUGCUUUUGUUUUGUUUCUAGACAAAGCCCUCAAAAGGGGCUGAAGAGGUGGCUCAGCCAUUAAAAGUGCAUCUGCUCUUGCAGAGAACCUGAACCCAGUGUCCAGACCCACUUGAUGGGUCCCUUCAGAGGUGCCUUCAGAGGCGCCAAUGCCUCUGGCCGCCUCGGGUGCCUGCACUCAGUACACAUACUCACACUCUUACACAUAAUGAAAAAAAAAUCAUUAAAAAAAAAAGUUUCCAAAACUAAAAUGAACAAGUGUUCAACGUAUUUAUUUUUUCUCUUAAAAGACUUAGAAACCAGGCUGGUGAUCGGGCUUAGAAAGCCAUCUUUGCAUUUGCCGUGCCACGCUUGAGAACCUGAGUUAUCACGCAGCGGUGGAAGGAGAGAACUCCACGUCACGGCCUGGGUGCCCCCAACACACACACACACACACACAUACACACACACACACACGCACACACACUAAUUAUCUUGUAAAAGCCUAGAAAUCCAGUGAAUCCUUCCCUUCCAACAAUGAACUGGAAGAACUACAUGUCUUGUGGGUGACUUAGUUAGGAGAAAGGAAAUGUACAAAAACAGGCGAUAAUGUUUUAAACAGCAAGAAAAUGCACCUUGAGGAAGGGUGAUAGGCAGUGGAUAACUUUUAUUGAAUGGUUAUCAUUACGAUUGUAAUACACUUAUAAGCACUAAGCUGACUUUUCUUCAGAUCGAUCGAUUGAGACUCCUGCAUAGAGGAAGCACUCUGCCUCUCUUCCCAGGAUCCACUGUGUGAGAUUAGCCCCAUGGAAUACCCCAACCUUUUUAAAGGGCAACUUCUGUUUUCUAAAAAGGGGAGUAAAUCAAAGCUUCUAAGAAUCCCUGAUACACAGCGGUUGCAAACCGGAAAUACCCAGGGAUGAGCUGCAAUGCAGUAAUUGUGUUCAGAAGUCAUGAACAGAUCUUCACUUCUACCAUUAUUGAUGUGGGCUUUUUUUUUUUUUUUUUAAGGAAGGGAAACAAAUGGGUGCCGAGCUGAUGGAUUCUGUUCUUGCAGUGGAAAGGGACAAUGGUUAAGCGCUUUCACCAAUGUGACCAAGCUGCUUGCGUGAACAAUUUAUAGAAACUUCUUUGUGGUUCCAGAUGUUUCAGCCCAUCGUGCUGGGUGGGUAGGUUGUGGGGUAGCUGCUCACACCACAGCAGCCAGGGAAGCAGAGCAAGGAAGUAACAGGCGAGGGAGGAGGCCAGGCAGGGCCCCCAGGAACGUGACAUACUCCCAACCAGUCUCCAUCUUCCCCGGCUCUGUCACCUCCCGAUAGUCUGCUCCAGUUCUCACUUAUCCAUCAAUCAGACCUCUCACCUCUGGAAUACUUUCAAAGACACACCUUACUCAUCAUGGUAUUACUCAAGUUGUUAUUUCUUUUCCUGUUGUUUAAACAACUAAGACUCAGAAAUUAUAUUUUUGUUUCUUUCAGAGGGUUUUUAGAGAUGGAUUAGUAUAUGACCAUAUACUUGUCUAGCUGCAAGCAGGGGAAGGAGUAAUAUAACUUGCAUGAAAUAAAGCUAUGUCAAGAUAAAAUGUGUUGAGUCAAGUCUGCAAAAUAAGGAAUAACAAAUGGCUCCUCCUUGAGAUGUAUGGUUUUGUUUUCUUAGAAACAAGUCUUUCUUUACGUAAGUGAAUAUUUUCUACCUUCUGUAAAAUAUGUUUAUUUAUAUAUCCUUUGAUUGUUUAUUAAAUAAAACGUGCAUGGUUUUGUUGUA